GGGAGCACGUGGCGCCCUCUCUCUCUUGGGGUGAGAUACGACGAUGCCUGUGGGGUUACUCAACCCCCCUGAACUGAGCCACUACUUUAGUCUAUCCUCUUUGCUCUUUGCCAUCCUCGUUGGUCGGAGCAUAAGUUCAUGACACUACUCCACUGGCGUCUAAAAGGCGAUAUCUUGGUGACAGUUGUCAGAAGUAAUUACAUUUUUAUCACGUACUCGCGAUUAUUGAUUCCCUUUACCGUUAAUUAAAUAUGCCGACUAAUGGUGUUAACCGUUUCAUCUUUUUACGAAUGAUCAUCAUCCAUCGAUUUUGACACUUGAAUGUUUGAAGGAAUUGAUGAUUUGAUUGUUAAUGGGCCGUUGAAAUCACUGUGAAAAUGAAUUUCUCAGAUUUAUGAGAGUGAAAAUAAGAUCGGAGCGAUGGAUUAUGAGUACAUGCCCUUUCAAAGAGAGAGGGAUAUUCAUAAUAGAUGCUGCGGGGGAAAAUUUUGGUGUAUCAAGGAUAUAUGUGGAGUAAUAUGUGCCAUUUUAACAUGGCUGCUCAUAAUUUAUGCAGAAUUCGUUGUGAUGGCUGUUAUUCUCAUUCCUACGAUUCACACGUUCUAUUCUAGUUUAAAUAUGGCUAUUUUUCAAACUAUGGCAUUUUUGGCCUUCGCCUCACAUCUUAGGACAAUGUUCACUGAUCCAGGAGCUGUGCCAAAAGGCAAUGCAACCAAAGAAAUGAUUCAACAAAUGGGGUUUCGAGAGGGCCAGGUGAUAUUCAAAUGCCAGAGAUGCUGCUCCAUUAAACCCGACAGGGCCCAUCACUGUUCUGUUUGUCAGAGAUGUAUCAGGAAAAUGGAUCAUCAUUGUCCUUGGGUGAACAAUUGCGUUGGGGAGAAUAAUCAAAAAUAUUUUGUACUUUUUACUUUUUACAUCGCUGGAAUUUCACUGCAAUCGUUAUUUCUUUGCAUCCAACAAUUCACAACGUGCGUGAGACAAGAGUGGCGUGAAUGCUCGACAUUCAGUCCACCAGCAACAGUUGUACUGUUACUAUUUCUCACCUUCGAGGCACUCCUCUUCGCCAUUUUCACCGCUGUCAUGUUAGGCACGCAAUUACAAGCAAUAUGGAAUGAUGAAACGGGGAUCGAGCAGUUGAAGAAGGAGGAGGCCAGAUGGGUGCGCAAUAGCAGAUGGAAGUCCAUUCAAGCUGUCUUCGGUAGAUUUUCAGUGGCUUGGUUCUCUCCAUUUACAUCACCUCCAAAUGCCAAACCUAAAUUAGACUCUUAUCUGUAUUCAGUUUGAGUUACCUUCGGUUGUUAUCAAUUCCAACAGUAUCAUUGUACAUAUAAUAUAAGUGAGACUUGAAGGAUAUGAGCCUGUCUGUGCAUGCCACUGAUUACAACAGAUAUCAUACAUCUGUUCACGAAUCAAUCUAUCAUCUUUCAAAAUUAUUAAAAAAUUAAUCAUGCUGAAUAUUCGGUACCUCUGGUAAUUGAACAUCACAGAAAUUCAAAACGAUGAUUGUAACAGUGCCUGGAAAUCAACGGAAACAUAAAAUAGUUAAGUUCAGGUGUAAAUAUUUAUACAAAUCCAACAUUUUAUUUAGUCAAUUAGAGUAAGUCUUUGCAAUUUUAUACGCCUAGCUUUUCAAUGAAUGAAUGAGUGUCAAUCAGGAAUUUUAAACCUUCCUUACUCAGUAAUUUAAGUGAUGAAAGCAUACGAAUAUAUAUAGGGGACGGUGGGGUAAUGGAGAUAUAGUUUUUAAAUAAUGUCAAGAAAUGGAAAUGGAUGUUAUAAUUGCAUUCUGGAGAUGGAAAACGUAUUCCCAUUGACAUGAAACGGCGUUCAAAUAGUCUUAGGAUGAUGAAAAAUGGGUAAACCUUAUGGACAUUUUAAUUUUUCUCUUAACUAUGGAAAUUGUCCCAAGUGAACAGGAAGCCAAACUGGCGUAUUUCCCAUUUUGUGUUAUGAAAAAAAAUCGAGGAAAAUGUCCAUUUUACCAUAUAUGUCCAUAUUGUCACACCCUCCCCUAUGUCGAUGAAAAAUCGAAAUUACUCUUAGCUUUACUUUACGUUCCACAUUCCAUUCUCUAAUCUUCCGCAUCGAAACUCUAUCCGCGGUUUCGGUGCAUUGAUGCUGAGUUACGCUUUGCCAUGUCCGUACUUAUUGAGUAACCAAAAUAUAAUUGUAUGCCCUUAUAUAUUAUAAUCAAGAACAAUGAAAACUGUAAGUUUAAGUGGAAAGUAACUUGCUGUGCAAUCUGUGUGAUAAAUGAAGAAUGUCUGGAUAUAAUGAUUGAAAGUUAUCAUUAAUCAUUGAAUUGAACGAAGAAAACACGAGAGUUAUAGACAAAUUCCUCAUGAAUUCCAAGUCGAUUAAAAACUUAGUUCAUGCUGGAAAAUCAUAAAGACAUCACAACUUGUUUUGUAUUGCAAGAUGAAUCAUCUAGUGAAUAAACUAUUAAAUCGAUAAUAGCUCAA